CAAGCAAAAAAAAAAAAAGAAAGAAAAUCCAAAAAACGAAAAGAGAACCCAUAACGUACGUCUAUAUUUCGGGAAAAAGUCAAUUUUCCAUCUACGCGAUAUGGAGGGUGCUUUUUUUUGUAAAAAAAUUCAACAAAAAUAUUGGUGACAAGAAAUUCGGAAAAAUAGUCAAUUGUCUGGAGUACAUACAUUUAAAUACAUAUAAAUAUAUAUAUAUAUAUACACACAUAUAUAUCUUUAUAUAUAUAUAUAUUCGCAUAUCCAUUUUCGUCUUUGCCUUUCCUACUCUCUACUUUAAUUUUGACAUCUUACAAUACGAUAAUCAGAAAAGAAAGCAAUUCGUUGAAAAGGAAGAAUAAAAAUCAAAAACCAUUUUAGAGAUUUUGAUUAAAUUUUUUAAAUAAAAAAAUAAGUUAAAAGUUAAAAAUAAAAAAUAAAAAAAAAAAAUAACUUAAGAAAAAAAAAAAAAAAACAAAGUAAACAAAAAAAGGGAGUACCCGACACGAAUGUGUGGGGUGGAAGAUUUUGUGAAACAAGCACAAAAGGGUAAAAAUGCUAUAUCGGUAGCGAAAAUGUGCGUGGAACGUUAAACGGUGAAACGGUAGAUGGUGGUGGCGCUAGGUGUGAUGGUAAAACGAUGAUGAUGAUGAUGAUAAUGAUAGAACUGGUAACGGUAAUGAUGUUGAAGCUAAGAGAGUGUGAGUUUUUGUCGUCGUCGUCUUCGUCUUCGUUGUCAUUGCUGCUGUCGUGGUUGUCGCCGAAUUCGUCGCCGUCGGUAAUAUCCGUUCUAAAUGUCGUUGCUGUUUAAAAUGCUGCAAUGCCACUUCUGACCUAAAUGUAUUGCAAAAAAACAAACUCCAUCAUUGUGGAACGUGAUAAGAACAAAAGAAGGAACAAAUAUUAACAAAAUAAACAAAAAGCAAAAACUUCGACAUAUUUUUGUUCGUGUGAUAUAAGCUCGUUGACAAGGCGAUAUGAGAGGAUAUCAUCUAUAAAACGUUGUGUUUUAUUUUUUUUCUUCUUUUUCGUGUUCUCUGCUCGCUGUCUCUUUUUCACACUUCAUCAUCAUAAUCUUCUUCAUCUUCUACUUUUGUAUAUUUCUGCCUACAUACAAACAAAACAUACAAUAUUAAAAAAAAAAAAGAAUCAUAUAAAAUGUGCGCGGACAGAAGAAAAACAUCCUCUUAAAAAAAAAAAAAAUUCAAAUCCUCCCGUACACUCAAGAAACCCGAAUGUUCAUUUUCCAAACAUAUUUCGAAGUUCGAAAUUCGAAGAUAUCAUACCUAUAUUCUAAGCAACAUACAAAAAAGGUUGAAAUUGUUAUCAAAAAUUGUGUUGGUGGUUGUCAGCUUGAAGCUUUUGUUGACAGUGUUGGUGAGUGUGAAGUGCGAAUGUAAGAAAUAAAGCAAGUGAAGAAGAAUCAGCAAAAAAAAAAAAACGAGAAAACAUUUUUUUCGGUUUGAAAGAAAAGGUUUAGAUAUAAAAAUUCAAAAGAUAAAUCACGAAUCCAAUAAUAACAAUAGGAUUUUAAAGCAAUUAGAAAUAUAUUGAGUGACGAGAAGUAGAAAUAUAUAAAGAAUAAUUGCACUUGGACAGCUUUUUUGUGUGAAAACAACUGAUCAGUGAACCGUGAAAAUCUGUCUGUAUUGUCGUGUUUUUAUUAUUUUUUUUUCGUCAUAAUUUUAUUUUUUUUUUUUUUGUUAUAAAUGCCGAAAUUUAGAAUAUUUGUGGAGCUUUUUAAUGAAGACAGGAGGCAGAGGGCAGAGCCUCCAACUGGGUUCUGUUGAGACAUGUCGUAAUGGCAAGAGAGGAGUCUCGCGGCAAGAGACCCCUUAAAAUUUGGGAUAGUUGGCGGAAUGUACGCAAAGGCGUAGUAGUUGGAAGUUUUGAGGAACUUAUCGUUAGAGGCAAGGAUAAGCUUGGGGUUCCUGCCUCAGAACCAGUUCGUGUUGUUCUAGAGUGCGAUGGGACCCAAAUCGAGGAUGGCGAAUAUUUUCGGACGUUGGCAAAUAAUACGGUUCUGCUGCUACUAAGGCAAGGCGAGCGUUGGUAUCCAACUGGCGUCGAUGUUAUAAAAGCUGCGAUAUCAGCUAUUCCGAAAAUCGUCUGUGAGACGAUCCAUGCUCUAGAGCUCCACGAUGAGACGCCAUCUUGGAAGAUUAUGGAUAACAAGGGUCGCGUCACGGUGGUCCUACACUGGGACCAGCGUCAGGGAGGUGGAGGAGGGGGAGGCGGUGGUGGCGGGCCGGGCAGUAGUAGUGCCAGCGGCCUGGGCGCCAGUGGUGUUGGCGGACCAGGUGGCAGCAGCAAUGGUCUUAUGUCAUCGGAAAAAUAUUCACCAUCGAAAAAAGGACUUUCGGCACAGAGCUCACUCGAUAAAUCAUCACCAGCACCUCAGCGUUAUUCGAGCCCACAAAUAACCGUAAUUAGUGAUGAAGGACCGGCGAGCAUCUACCAUCCAGGUGGACGACGCCUAUCCAAGCAGGGCGGUUCCUUUGAUAGUGCCGUUGGUGCUGUGCACGUGCACACGCCCGAAUGUGCCCAUCACGCGCACACGCCUAGCCGUGCCGGCAGUCCUAGUACAACCGAAUGCGACUUCCAUUGUUGUGCCCUGCACGAGGAGGGUCGCAAAAUUGCUGUACACAAAAGCGUUGCAACCUCACCCAUCCAGGAUGGCACAACAAGCCCUCAACCCCAAUCGUCAAUAUCAAUAUCGACGGGUGGCGGCGGCGGUGGCGGUGGCGGCGCAGUCGGUGGCAGUGCCGAUCCUACGGGUAGUAUGCAACGACGAUCGUCUGGUGCUAAGGGACACGUCCGAUUUCUGGACAUUGCUCCCGAACGGGACAGCUCCGAGAGUGAGACCGAAAAUACAGUCAUGGAAGAUGACAAAACGACAACAGAGAAAUUCCUAUUAUUAAUUGAUCAGCUGUCCGUUGAUCAGAAACGUCAUUUAAGUAUUAAGGAUAUUGGUAUUAUCUUAGAGCGUUUAAAUUCAAAAAUCCUAGAUGUCGAACGGCUGGAUCGUGAAUCCGAGUCGGACGACUGUUAUAACUGGACGAUAAAGGCCACAAUUCGUGGCGAUGCGUUACGGGAGCUAGGUGUAAUUUAUAAUGGCAAUUAUUAUGCGAUCUCCGAACAUCCUGGUUAUAAGGAAGAGAUCGAAGAGAAUGGUGAAGAGGCCGAAGAGGAGGAAGAGGAUAGGCUUUAAUAAAUUGUAUAAAAAAAAAAUUAAUAAUAAUUAAAAUUAUCCGUAAAAAAAAAAUACUACAAAAAAAAAAAAAAAAUACCAAUUGAAAUUAAAAAUAGGUAGCAUUAGUUAUAAAUAUUUAUAUAUUAAAAAAAAUAUAAUUUGUUUGAGAAAUUGUAGGUGUUAGAAAAGUAAACAAAAACAAAACAUAAAUUAAAAACAAACAAAAAAAAAAAACAGUAUCUCAUUCUGAUGUCUUGUUACGUUUUCGGUCCCAAAAUUUGGUUCCAUUUUGUUAGUAAUUAAGUUCUUGUGUAAGGCAUGCAAAGGUAGUUUUUUGGGCCAACGGACAAUAGUGCAAUGUAUAAAAAAAAAAAAA